AAUUUCAACGAUCUUCAUUCACAUCGAGUUUUACAACUGUUGAAGAAUGGCUGAAGAGUUUAGACCUUGUUAUCUAUUCCAAGAACCUCAUGGACAACGGUUUCGACGACAUAGACUUUCUGGGUGGUAAUAUCUUAGAAGAAGAUGACCUCAUAGAAAUGAAUAUAACGAACAAAGAACAUAGGCAAAAGAUCUUGGAAUCAUGUCACAGUCUUCCGGCACUCAAGCCUAUCAGUGAGAGUCAAGCACCUGAAUCUGUUGGAGAAUGGUUAAGGUCAUUACAUCUUGACCAGUACAUUGAUACUUUUAGAAGGAACGGGUAUUCUGAUAUGGAAAGAGCAAAAAAGCUAUGGGAAGUGGAGCUUAGUUCC